AUGGAGAAAAUGCCGAAAAAACGAGCUGAGAAGAGAAUCAAUUUUGCGGGAGGAGGAACAUCAACUGCUCAGAUGAUUCGCCCCUCCAAACAAGAAACAGCGAAAGAGUUCCUCUUUCAAAAAACGCCGACGUCAGUCUACGUGUCGAGGCGAUUCGUGAAGAAAAUGCUGGUGAUUGGAAUCUCCGAAGUCUGCAGGCAGCGACUCGCCUUUGCGGAAGAUGAGUUCACGUCGAGGACUGCGGGAGACAUGAAAGUUCAGGUUCUCAAUCCAUUCGAAGAGAGCGGAAAUGACAAUGCCGAUUCUAUGAAGGGCUGGCUUCGCACGAUUUUCAACUUGGCGGAAAAAGGAUGGCUCUCCAAAGUCUUCAUUUGCAUCGGAAAGGGGAAUGCUCCAGAAAAGAAGCCGCUGGAAGUGUACGGCUUCGGCAUCAAAGAGACGGACAUUUGCAAAGAAAUGGACGAACACGCGGUGAUCGACUUAACUGAAGACGAGGACGCGCAGCUGAGAAACGAAGCGGAAGAUCUUCUUCAAGGAAUCAAAAAGAAAAUUCCCAAAACUCCGCUCGACGACGUGAAAUUCUCCAUCCAAGUGGUGCUCAACGAUCAGGCGCCAGAAAAACUCGACUUAGAAGACUUCCACUCUUCCAGACAACCAGAAGUGAAGAGGGCAAGGACGCUCUUCGAGCGGGGAUGCAAGACGCCCUUCCACAAGAUUAGAACCAUCGGAGUUCAGGCCGGAAAAAAGGAGGACGACGGCGACAGUUCUCCCUCUGGCUGGUAG